UGAUAGGGGUCUAUAUAUAAGUUCCUUGUGUUUAUAAACAUCGCGGUACUGAGUUGGUGGGGAACAGGCAUUUCAAAUGAAUGGGGCGUUCCGUGAUUCCUCCUACCGUUUUAGAAUAAAAAUACAGUUUGAGAACUAUCUUCAAAGCAGAAGCAUGUCAAAAUCCAGAAGUGGCAAAUCGCUAAGGAGAAGUGGUCAAGAUAGCAAGUCGCUUUCCUCUUGGAGAAAUAGAGAUUCUGGAGCACAAUCAUUCGAGAUGAUUAACUUGAGAGCUACACCUACAGACAACCAGUCCGAAGAAGGAGCUGUUUCGAUCGAGUUCAGUGAUCCCGUAAGCAUAUCCUCAGAAGGCAGUUCUGAAGACUUAGUCUGUGCAAAAUACCUUGUACCAUCUCAUCAACAGCCCUGGGAUUCAACUCGCAUGGCUAUGUCAUUAGCAAACCUUCCAGAAGGCGAAAAAAUCCUGCAUGCUAUUUCGACACUAAAAGGCGAAACUCUAAAAAAAUUUCUAACAGAUAUAAAUAAAAUCUAUAGAUACAAUAAAGGUGAAAAAAUAGUAGAUUCAACUCAUUCAAAGAACAGAACAAUAAAGAAAAUCUCAAGUGGAGAUGCGGAAAGUAUAGCGCUUUCAUUCAGUAUGUUCCCUGAAACUUGGCUUUUAAUUGCCUGUUGGUCAAGAAAUUAUGAGAUUGUCAUGGAACUUUUGGAACGAGGAAUUGAUGUUUCUACUCACGACAAUGAUGGAAGAACAGCUCUACACUUGGCUACAUGUUCAGGCUCCAGUACAAUAGUCGAGGUACUAUUAAAAAAGGGUGCAAACCCCAAUGAAUGGGAUUUCAGAAACGAGAUGACACCAAUGCAUUACGCAGCCGCAAGAAACGACCUUUGUUCUCUGAGACUGCUCGUUAAAUAUGGUGGAAAUGUAGACAUAGGUCUACCAGGGAGAACUCCCCUAUAUUACGCAGUGCUGAGCAAUGCUUAUGUCUGCGUUGAGGUCUUAUUAAAAUCUGGAGCAUGUCCAAAUAAUCCGCAAGUUUAUACGGAGACGCCUCUCCACGUAGCUGCAAGUUUGGGCUCGAUCAAAAGCGUUGAGUUACUUCUGAGUCACGGGGCAGAUGCCCGAGUAUGCUUGGGCUCUGCUAGAUCCACUCCACUUCACCUUGUCGCAGAAGAGGGCAGUUCUGAAUGCGCGAGGUUACUAUUACAGGCUGGAGCACCUUACGAGGCUAAAAAUUCUAGAGGUCAAACUGCUAUGCACUUGGCAGCUUUAGCGCAAUCAUCGGAAACUUUGGAAGUAUUAAUUGCAUCUGGAGCAGAUCCCAAUGCUGAAGAUGCUGAAGGGCGCACACCUCUACAUACCGCUGUAGCUAAGAGCCUACGAGGGAGUGAAUUGAUUCGGAUUCUCCUCCAGGCAGGUUCCCGCAUAAACAAACCCGAUGCAUUUGGCUACACGCCACUGCACAUAGCUGCUCUGAACGAGUCUUCUUACAUCGUAAAUCUGCUUUUGUCUAAAGGAGCAGAUGUAACCGCCCGUACCAAAGGCGGGAUCUCUGCCUUAAGCUUUAUAAUUCGUCGAACUCCCGAUGUCAUCCCACGAUUCGUCUCCCGCAUGGAUCAAGGAAUCUCGCUGCAUGACCAUGAACUAGGCGACGUCGACUGUGAGCUUCGACUAGACUUCCGUCCGUUGGUUCCAGGUGGACGAGGCGAAACCGACUUGAUGCUCUGCCUUGUUGAAGUCGACCAAAAGCAUAUUCUUAAGCACCCUUUAUGUGAAAGUUUUCUGCACCUCAAAUGGCUCCGCAUCAGGAAAUUCUUUCUCUUCAGUCUUGUAUUUCAUUCAAUCUUCGUCACUUUUUUUACUAGCUACAUUAUAGUAACAUUCCUCUAUAAGUCCUACAAUGCCAUGAAAAGAGUUUUGUUCUGGCCAGUUCUCAUCUUUACAACACUUCUAACAUGUAAAGAAAUCUUUCAACUCGCUCAUGGAAUCUUCAUUUACGCUAAACGCUGGGAAAAUUGGCUUCAAUGGGGUGUCAUCGUCACCACAGUUUUAGUCUUAAUCAGCCCCAUUCACGAAUGGCAGUACCAUAUAGCAGCGAUUGAUAUCUUGUUAGUCUGGACAGAAUUAAUGAUGGUCGUCGGAAGAUUUCCAAUGUUUGGAUUGUAUGUGCAGAUGUUUACACAAGUUGCCGUCAAUUUCUUUAAGUUUAUUGGCGCCUAUAUCUGUUUGAUUGUAGGAUUUGCUCUUGGGUUCACCGUUCUUCAUAAUGAUUACAAAUCAUUCGGUAACCCUUUACUGGGACUAUUGAAAACGAUUGUAAUGAUGUCGGGGGAAUUAGAGUUUGAAGACGUGUUUUUUGAUAACAAUUUGAGAUUCCCGUGGACUCCUCAUCUAAUGUUACUGGCAUUUGUUGUACUGGUUACUGUGAUCUUGACUAAUCUUAUGGUAGGUCUAGCAGUUUCAGAUAUUCAGGAAUUAAGAAGGUGCGCUGGAUUGGACAGGCUUGUAAGGAGAGCUGAGUUGGUGGCUCAUUUAGAAAGCAUGCUGUUUUCAAAAUUAUUAGAUCAUGCUCCAAGUAAGUUGGUCAAAGCCUUUAGGAGAGAAGCUUUGCUACUGCAUCCGCCUCAUCAUUGUGCCAUUCACGUGAGACCCAACGAUCCAAGAGAAAAAAGAUUGCCAAGAGAGCUGAUUAAAGCUGUCUAUGGGCUUGUGUCUCAAAGGAAAAAUAAGGGUAAGAGAAGCAGAGAGGAGAACUUCUCGCUAGUGUUGGAAAAUUACAAUAAUGGCGAAGAAAUUAGUGGUCAUAGGUUUAGUAGGCUGAUCAGUGCUACAAGCUCAAGUGAUAUUGGUAGACAGCAGCUGAUGGACCUCUCUUGUGAACUCAGAAAAUUUUCGAGAAAUAUUUCAAUAAAAUUGGAGAAAUUGAGUGAGAGAGUGGAAAGUACUCUGCGAGAUGUUGAACUCAGGAAUGAAACGUGAAAGAGUAAAAUAAAAUGAAUAGAUUGUGUUGACAUUUAUAUUAGAAAUAAGGGAUUUAAAGAUGAACAAAAGCACAUGUUAGUACCGAUCAUAUUAUAGUGUGUAAAGAUGAUCAGUCAUUGGAUCAUACAAACUAGGUACGAACAAUUUUAAACGUCAAAGUUUUUGUAUCUUUUUGCGUUAAAUAUAUAUAUAGUUGUGUGAAAUACAUUAAAAAGUUUAAUAGAAACAGUUAGGGAAAUUACGAAGGUGAGAAGCUUUCGAACCCCUUAUCAUUAAAGCCAACUUUUAAAACAUUUUGUUUUUUUUCGAUACUAUUCAUCCAUAAAUAAACGAAACCUGGUUAAUACUUCUGAUUAUUUUAUUCUCUUGUCGAAUAGUGCGUAUAUGGUCAAAAAAUACACACAUGUAUGCAUGCUUCAAUUUGUAUUCCUGCACCAACCAGAAGUCCUUCCCCAGAGGUGGCUGACCUCACAGAACUAACCUCACAAGACUCGCCACACCAGUUGUAAAAUAAAAAUGUAUAAAGAUAAAUAAAGUGUAUAAGGACCACAACUGUAUUAAAAGGAUUCCCACAAAAAAUUUUAUGAGAAAGAAGUUCAUAAAAAAUUAUGUUAGGAGUCCGUAAUUCUAUGGUGAACUACCAAUUUGUUUAAAAUUAUGAAAUUGACCAUGAUUUUGAAGGUACUGUAGCAUAACUUUUAUGUAUCAUUACGAUAAAAUUAUGGAGAACUCUCGUGCAAAUUCAGGUUCGUUCUGUAAUUUUUUACGGAACAUUCAAUAUUUGUAUAUAAAUCCUUUAUUAUUUUUAAGUGCCUUUAUUAUUUUUAUCAGAAAAAAAUAGGUAAUUUAAAGACUUUUGGAUUCAUUUAUAGUUUGGUAAUUGUAUUCCGCGCCAGUUACUUAAGAUGAAAUGUAUUACUCGUCAAUUAUAUGCCGAGGGCACCACACGUUAAAGGCCCCAAACGAAAAAACCGGGACUGUGCUCUUCCCUACCCCACGUCCAAACAGUCCCCACAUUUCAUUCUUCUUCUGGCACAAUUCCGAUUACUUUGGCGCCGCGAUUUAACGGUUGUUUUCCGAACUAUUUUGUCUCGCGAGUUCGAGAAAAAUAAUGAAAAAAUUCCGUCUACACUGUAUUUCGAAAUAUA